CCAAUGGGGAUCGGCCUGGUCUCUCCGCGUCACCAGUCUCCGGGCAGCCUCGCCCUGGCCUUCCCGCCCGCGGGUCAUGUGACGGGCUGAGUGACCGUUGGGAAGGCCGAGGCCUGAGCCGGGAGCGAGGGGGGAGGGGCGGGGAGGGGCGGGGCCUGCCUCCUUCCUUCCUUCCUUCCUUCCUUCCUUCCUUCCUUCCUUCCUUCCUUCCUUCCUUCCUUCCCUCCGAGCCCGAGCCUGCGGCCUCGUCCUCCGCCUCGUCAGUCCUGGUGAGUCUCGUUGCCAGGCCUCCUCCCGAGGGCCCAAGAGGAGCCAAGGCCCAAGGGAGGGAGGGAGGGAGGGAGGGGAGGCCGAGGAGGGCCCGGGCCUGGCCCACUCCCAGGCGGGCCUUCCUCUCUCGUUCUCUCCCUGGGAACACAGGCCACCACCGCUCUCUCUCUCUCUCUCUCUCUCUCUCUCUCUCUCUCUCAGCCAGGCCUGGGCAAGCUCCGGGCCUCCCUCCGGGGCGGGGUUUUGGACUCCAACUCCCAGAAGGCCUCCCCUCAGGCCCCGCAGGCCUCACCUUCACCUCCACCUCAAGACUGCGGGGAGAGAGAGAGAGAGAGAGAGAGAGAGAGAGAGAGAGAGAGCAAGGGACUGGGGAAGGGAGGUCAACAGACCAAGAGAAGGAAGGAAGGAAGGAAGGAAGGGCGCUCGGAAAGGGAGGGGCCCCCAGGGAUCAGCUGGCAUGGACAUUCACAACAGAGGGACAUGCAGACAAAGGGAGAACAACAACAACAACAACAACAACAAUAUUUGUAUCCUGCCACCAUCUCCCCCAGAGGGGACUCGGCGUGGCUCACAGAAAGAUCCCAUACAAAACAGGAACAAUAUACAAGACAGCAAUCAACAAGAAGCCCUGCUUGACUCUCAAGCCAAAAGUGGGUGGUAGAAAUCACAUGGUACAAAAGCUGACUGGCACAACCUGGGGAUCCCAACCAGGCCCUGGAAAGACAGGCGCUUGGCUCCUCUGCUGCUGAAUUCACAGGCCCAGUGGGGAAGACAUCUCACCACGUUCAAACAGUGGACGUGGCUCUUCAUGAGACAUGCCGCACCCUCACAGGAUGUCUGCGCCCCACACCACUGGAGAAAUGAUACUGUUGAGUCCCUCUGGGGAGAGAGGGCAGUCUAGAAAUGAAAUGAGGAAAUGUGAUUUUGGGCUGAGAAUUUCGGAGUAGAGCCUGUGGAGGGAUUUCCUUCCCUUGAAAGAAAGAAGAGGAGGAAAAACAUCUUGGAUACGGUUGGGUUCUUCAUCAGAGUGGUUCCAACAUGGAGAGACCCAACUCACGUGGGCCUGAAGCAGGACCUGGGGGCAGUGGGGAAUCCUGGGAAAGAACCAGACAUGAGUCCCUGAGUGUGGACCUUGACAGCUCGGACACACAGCGCCAGCGCUUCAGGCAAUCCUCCUACCAAGAGGGUGAAGGACCCAGAGGGGUUUGCAGUCGUCUCCACGAUCUGUGCCGCCAGUGGCUGAAGCCAGAGCAGCACACCAAGGCCGAGGUGCUGGACCUGGUGACCCUGGAGCAGUUCCUGAGCAUCCUGCCCCCAGAGAUGGGGAGCUGGGUCCGAGAGUGUGGGGCAGAGACCUGUUCCCAGGCGGUGGCCCUGGCGGAAGGCUUCCUCCUGAGUCGGGCCGAGGACAAGGAGCAGGAAGGACAGGUGAGAGCAUUCCCUCUGGGUUUCACUAACCUUGGGGCUGAUGGACAGGUUGAACGUACAUCCUGCCUUUCUUCCAAGAUGGGACCGAUGUGGGGGAUAAGCAAGGCCCUGCUCCCUCGGCCUCUUUCCCCACCUGCUCUGCCCCUCCAUCUCUACCGUCAGCUUGGUUGAUGCUCUGCUCAAGAUAGAACAUAGACAAUGAUGGGAGGGGGGGGGGGCAUUGGUUCCAAACUAGGUUGCCAUCUCAGAGUUAUUCUUUCAAGAAAGGUCUAUGGAUCUGUGAUAUUUCUGAACUUUUCCCAAACUCCUUCUGGAAUGCUCUGUGCUCUUCCAGGCCCAUAAUAAUAACUCCAUGGAAGUCCCUGCACCAGAGGAAUCUCCACCAGACACCACCCAGAGUCUCAGGCAGAAGGAGCUGAAGCGGGAAGGAGACGUGGCUGCCGCCUUGCAGGGUGAGAAGGAACUCUUCUGGGAGUUUUGGGGGUUUGUGCCAGUGGAAAUCCUGCUUUGGAUUGCAUACCCAUAGUUUGAGCUUCAGAAGGUGAACAUGCAGGAUCAUUUGGCCUUGAGAUGGGUAUAUAUCUUAAACUCAUGUCCUUUGUGUGAUGUUUUAUGGACUUAAUAUGUAUUUUAUAGAAAGGCAGUUUUAAUGUAGAUAAAGGCAAAAGUUUGCUUUUGCACAGGAGACAAUGUUGUGGCUCGAACUAAAAUUAUGUGCUAAAGAUGAUGCUUCUGACUGUCAUCUGGGUAGUACCAGGUAUAGCUUGUGCCACCAGAUGACUGCAACUAGGCCGACCACCUGCUCCCUCGAUCCGUGUCCCUCCUGGCUAGAAAAAUCUUGCCUGGAGGGAUUACGUGAACCUCUGUUGAAUAUAAUAAAUAGCUCACUUGACCAAGGAGUUUUUCCAGAGGGUUUAAAAGAGGCGAUGGUAUUUCCGCUGCUGAAGAGCCCAGACUUGGAUCGUUCGGUUCCCCCUAGCUACCGCCCAGUCUCGAAUCUUCCGUUUCUGGGCAAGGUGGUUGAGAGGGCAGCAGCGGAACAGUUGCAGCAGUUCCUCAAUCGCACAGCCGGACUUGAUCCCUUCCAGUCCGGCUUCCGUAGGGGGCACGGGACGGAGACUGUGCUAGUUGCCAUCACAGAUCAGCUUCGCUGCCAAAGGGAUCAAGGCGGAUCAGCGCUGCUUGUGUUAUUGGAUCUCACAGCAGCAUUUGAUACGGUCGAUCACAAUCUAUUGACCCACCGCCUAGCCAUGACGGGGGUUAGGGGGAUACCCCUUAAAUGGGUGUCCUCCUUCCUCCAGAAUCAGGGACAGCGGGUGGUGAGGGGAGGGAUGGUUUCCGAGAGGUCUCCGCUAACUUGUGGGGUCCACAGGAAGCUAUUCUCUCUCCUCUAUUAUUUAACAUCUAUAUGCGACCGCUUGCCCGACUGGUGCGGAGCUUUGGGCUGGAGUGCCACCAGUACGCUGAUGACACUCAGCUCAUUCUGAGGAUGGAGGGCCGGUCGGACUCCAUACCCGAUAGUUUCCAUCAGUGCCUUGAGGCCGUUACUGGAUGGUUGCGUGCCAGCAGGUUGAGGGUGAAUCCAGCGAAGACGGAGAUCCUUUGGCUGGGCCGUCCGGGUGGGGGGGGGGGAGAUGCAGCUGCCUACCCUGGAUGGCGAGACACUGCGUCCGUCAUCUUCUGUAAAAAGUCUUGGGGUUUUAUUGGACCCUCUGCUCACAAUGGAGGCCCAGGUCUCUGCUGUGAGCAGAUCUGCGUUUUUCCAUCUACGUCAGGCUAGGCGACUGGCUCCCUACCUUUCUAGGAACGACCUGGCUACGGUGAUCCAGGCGACGGUCAUCUUGAGGCUCGGCUACUGUAACACCCUCUACAUUGGCCUUCCUCUGUCAGUGAUCCGGAAACUGAAGCUGGUGCAAAAUGCGGCAGCUCGUCUUCUCACCGGGGUGCCGGCGAGGUGGCGUAUCACCCCAAUUCUACAACAGCUGCACUGGCUACCGAUUGAGUACCGGACUACUUUCAAGAUACUGGUACUAACCUUUAAGGCCUUACAUGGUUUGGGGCCGGCGUACCUGAGGGCCCGCUUAUCCCCCUACCAACCCCAGAUAUUACUUCGGUCCAAAGACCAAAAUUUGCUUGAAGUCCCUAACAUACGGACUUAUCAUUUGUCUUCUACUAGGCAGAGAGCCUUCUCGAUUGUAGCCUUGCUCUUCCGACAAGCAUUCAAUGGGUGAAAAACUCGGGGCUAUGUCUGUUUUUAUUGUUGUUUUUAUUGUUGUUAUUGUUAAUUUAAAGCUAAGUGUAUUGUUUUAAUCUAUUUCUGUAAACCGCUCCGAGCCAAACUGGGAGUAGCGGUAUACAAGUCUAAUAAAAUAAAUAAAUAAAUAAAUAAAAUGGUCCCCAAUUAA